AUGAUAGAUCAUGUUCUUGGUCGACCAUCUGUACAAUUCCGGAAGAUCCAAGUUCUAGGAGUUCUUUCUUUCUGGUCUUUCUAUCUUUACAGAGGACAUAAACAUGGCCCGCCUGUAGUUCGAAAACUGUCGAGGAAGCUCUCUGGAUACAUAACACCAUGGCAGACUCUAGUCAUUACCCUUCUUUACCUCUACGUCGCUCGAAAUCUGGGAAAGCUUCUUGGGCUGGAAUGCCCCGAACCUCUCGCGAACCUAUACACGCGAUCAUACUUCAGGGCGACAUGGGUUACCACAGCUCUAGAUGCUGGAUUUUGGAGUGCGAUGAGGAUAAAGAGGAAGUGGUUGAGAGAUUUGGCUUCAGUGGUGUUUACUGCAUAUUACCUGAUAGCCGCCGAACAGGCGGAUGAGAAAGUUAGAAAGGUUCGAGCCGGGUUGACUGUAGAACAUCUUCGAGUCAGCUGGAACAAGGGCACGACACCAUACCUAAGCGCUCUUCAAAACCUGACAAGACCGAGACUCAUGCGAUACCCCCCGCGUCAAAUUCGCAUCCCAAGACCGUCGAAUAGCGAUUAUACCGAAUCCGUCAAUGCGUGGUUAUAUUUCGACGGACCAAUAUCUGCUUUGAAGAGCCAUGACAAAGUUGUGCUGGAUAUUCCUGGUGGUGGUUUCGUGGCAAUGAGUCCAAGAACGAGCGAUGAUAAGUUGUUUGCCUGGGCAGGAAAGACUGGAUUGCCAGUACUUAGCUUGGAUUAUCGCAAAGCGCCCGAAUAUCCAUACCCAUAUGCGCUGAAUGAGUGUUUUGAUGUUUACUGCACCCUCAUUGCGAGCAAGGGACGAUGUAUUGGUCUAUCUGGGGAUGUUAUGCCGAAGACGAUUUUGAGUGGUGAUAGUGCAGGAGGAAAUCUUGCAACAAGCACGAUGCUGAUGAUUAUUGAGUCUGGUUUGAUGGCGUCUAGGACGAAGUCUCAGAAUCCGUUACCUAUUCCAGACGGGUUGAUUCUCAUAUAUCCUGGUCUAGAUAUGAAUAUCGGCAACUGGAUGUCGGAUGAGCAGAUGACUUUGAUAAAAGACAGAAAAAGCCGAAGGACGAACCAUAAUAUCGUUCGUCGCAAGAGCAUGCAAUAUAAUCUGGCGGCCGGAACGCCACAUCAAUCCGGAGAUGAAGAAGACGUCACACCACCAAAAAGAAGUCCACCUAUCAUUGACACCAAAGUAUCGAGACCUACGUCCAUUUCCCUGCCCUCACCACAAUACUCAACAGCUGCACCACCCUUGAUGUCCCCAGCAGUCACCAAAAACCAGGAGCGAGAACAAUCUCACCACCCCGAACCCCUACGAACCCGCCUCGCAAUGUCAAGCAUGAUAUCCUACUUCAAUGACCGAAUCCUCUCCCCAGAAAUGAUGCGUGCAAUGAUCAUCCUCUAUAUCGGCCCCCACAAUCGUCCAGAUUUCUCAACAGAAUACCUCCUUUCUCCAAUAUUGGCACCCGAUAACCUUCUCGCCGAAUUCCCCAAGACCUAUUUCCUAACCGGAGAACGGGAUCCAUUAGUCGACGACACGGUAAUUUUCGCUGGAAGAUUACGAAGAGCUAAAGCUGCGAAGCACGCACAAGAGCACAGAAAUAGCGGAAAGGAAUUCGAUGAACGAGAUGUAGUUGAGGUCGUACUCAUCCCCGGGAUCUCCCACGGUUUUCUCCAAUUCGUAGGUUGUUUUCCUGAAGGCUGGAAAUACAUAUUCCGCUGUGCCCGCUGGAUCGAUCACAUUUUCGCCGCCGCUACCACACAGUCACCUACUACACCCCGCAAAGGCCUGCAUCACCGUCGUACCCGUACCGAAUCUUCUGGCGACGAGGGCUUGGAAAUGACGAUGACGAAGAGAACGAAGGGGAAGAAAGACGAGGAGAGAAUGAGGAAGGAGAAGUUGCUUAAGGAACAACUACGCGAGAGGGGCGAAGAAAGAGCGGCGUUGGGGAGGGGAAUGGGGAAGCGCAAGAAGAGUAUGGUUGGUCUGGGGAGUAGUGAUGAUUUACUGGGUCGCAGGAUGUUGGGGCUUGCGGGGCCGUUGACGGGGGUUGGCGGGGAUGAGGAGUAG